UCAGUCACAGUGGGCCUCAGGAAUGCCGUCACCUUUACUCUAAUGACUUUCCUCCUGUCACCAUGCUGUCGAGGGCCUUCAGUUGGCCCUGGUGCACACCACCACCAUGAGCCUCCGGACCCUCUUCCUCUCACUGACACUCUGUUUCAGCAUGUUCUCCUCGUGUCUCUGUCCUCAUCCGAGCUCUGCUCAACUGGGCUGCUUCAAAGUCAACAACUGCCAGUGCAUCAUGAAGGACGGCAGCGGGGUGAUCAACCUGAACACCAUGGGGGACGCGGGCGGUUUCCUGGGGCAGUUGAAGCCGGUGUGGACAGAGAACGCGCCGGGCGAGGCCGAGACCCUCCUGUCGUUCAGCCCCUGCCAGCCCUUCUCCCCACCAGAGGACCUGACGGGAGCCGACUGCACCGACGUCGCUGCGUGUCUCAUCUUCAGGCAUCACGGGCUCCACGGACACGUCAGCCGCUGUAUCGGCUACGGACGACAUGAUGGGAAUAAAUUCCACUACAACGACACCCUGAAGAUUCUGUCGGUCUCGUACUUUGCUCACGAGGAGCAGCCGUCCACCGUGGUGCAUUACCACUGUGAUCCGAACCUGUCGGCCUCGUUCAUCCGGGACCAGCGGCUCAGCGGCGAGGAGCCCCUGCAGAUCUGGGUGGAGAGCCCCUGUGCGUGUGCCAACGCCUGUUCCAUGGGAGAUCUGGGUUUAGGCACCAUCUUCCUCAUCAUCCUCUCCCUCAGCGCUGCUGCCUACUUUAUCCUUGGCUCCUGUGCUCUGCGGCCUCUCCGGAGCAGCAGUGGAGUCCAGAUCUCUCCGGAGCACAGUGUGUGGUGCAUGAUCUGCUUCUUCUGUACCGAGAGGAGGCGUGAAGGACGACACGGACACGACCCGCUGUGAGCGGCGAGCAGCUGCACACCUCUGGAAUCCUGUCGGCACGCUUUCAUCCGACCGUUUGCUGAACGUGUGAUUUUCACACAACAACACCGGCCACUGAUCCGUAGAUGAUGAACAUUUAUCUCCCACUUGACCACAACAUCAUUAACAUUUGCAAAGGAUGAAACAUUUCUCAGUAUUCUCCCCUUGUAUUCUCAGUCACCCUAUGAAAGACGAAUCUUCUUGGGUGAAGCCUUGUUGCCCUUUGUGCCGAUAGAUUUCUAUUAGAUGCAUCACAUCAGUCCAACACUGAUCACAAGGUCGGGACAAAAAAAACUGUAUAGUAGGAAGAUUAAUGCUCAGAUACUCAUUCAUUGUGUUUUAAAUA